CAAGUGUAAAGAAUAAUAAAAAAUUAAAAAGACAGUCGAAGCAGUAGAUUCAUAUUCACAGCCAUUAAUCAAUGCAUCCCUGGUUAGAUCUCACUAUUCCAUAAACACGGACAGAGUAAAGAGAGAGAAAGAGAUAGAGUCUAGUAGGAGAAAUAAACUAAAGAGAGAUAGAAAGGAACAUGUCACGGCGAUCAGGGACUUGCUUAAGGUUCUGUCUAGUAAUAUUUGCAGUAGUUUCAGCUUUGGGAGUGUGCGGACCUGCUCUUUAUUGGAGAUUCAAGAAAACUCUUAGAUUCGCUGAUUCCAAAUCCUCUUGUCCUCCUUGCAUCUGUGAUUGUCCUGCUCCUCUUUCCCUUCUCAAGAUUGCCCCUGGGUUGGCCAAUCUCUCAGUCACAGAUUGUGGAAGCAAUGACCCUGAUCUCAAGCAAGAAAUGGAGAAGCAAUUUGUGGACCUUCUGACGGAGGAGUUGAAGUUGCAGGAGGCUGUUUCUAAAGAGCAUGCUCGCCAUAUGAACAUCACCUUUGGUGAAGCAAAAAGGGUGGCUUCCCAGUACCAAAGAGAGGCAGAAAAAUGUAUUGCAGCGACAGAAACCUGUGAGGAGGCGAGAGAGCGGGCUGAGGCCUUGCUGAUCAAGGAGAGGAAAGUUACAACAUUAUGGGAGCAAAGAGCUCGAAAGAUGGGUUGGGAAGGGGAAUAACUGUUUGUAUAAUUCAUUUAGAUAUCCUAGUCAAGAAAUUGAAGCAUUCCACCUUGAUAUUUAUUCAAGCAGGCAAGCAAAGUUGCUUGAGUAGUCUUGUUUGGGCAAAGGGCCCCUUAAUCUCUCCCUCCUUCUCCAUUUGUAGUUGCAUUAAUUCUUUAGAUGAUACGAAGUAUCUAAAGGAUUUUCACUUGUAAUUGUCACACUCUGUGGAUCUCUCACUGUAAUAUCAUCUCAAUUUCUUAGCUUAAAGCAAAGUUAAAAAACAAGAACAUCUUUCUUUGUUUUUUUUUUUUUGUUAAUCUCUUUUAGUAGUAAUUUCUUUUCAUUUACUGCCUUGCCUAAGUCGUGAGAGACUGAGACUGCAAUACUUGAUUCAUGUUCCUCAUUUCUCACCCAAAAGGCAUCCUUGGGAGGUACUGAACACUUGACAACAAAGGGAAAAGCAUCAUUUUGAGCAUUAGAAAAUGAAAAUAUUUCAAUUUCUUAUUGAUUUUAGGAUGAAUGGUAGAUGAAGUUUUCAUUAAUAAAACAAACCUGAAAAUGUUGUACUU